CACCGGCAUCAUCGCCACAUUUUGUCUGUCUGUCACGGUCGCGAGAGAGUUUGAAGACCUGUUAGUUUCGUAUCAAAGGUCACUGAAGAAAAGUAUCAGAAUGGUUGUUCUCCGGCUGGUAGCUAAUAAGGCAGCAUUUGGCGCUGCAAAGCACGUGCAGCAGUUUGCUCCGGCAAGCCUGGUGGCAGCUAGACACUAUGCUACUAGUGUCGAGAACACCAACCUCAAGGAUGUGCUCAGCAAUGCCAUUCCCAAGGAGAUGCAGCGUGUCAAGGAGUUUCGCGCCAAGUUUGGAUCGACUAAGAUCGGACACAUCGAAGUUGACAUGCUGUACGGUGGCAUGAGAGGGAUGAAGAGCAUGAUAUGCGAGACAUCUGUUCUUGACCCCGAAGAGGGAAUCAGAUUCCGUGGAAAAAGCAUUCCAGAAUGCCAGAAGUUGCUGCCCACAGCCCCCGGAGGAACUGAACCUCUCCCUGAGGGUUUGUUUUGGCUGCUGUGCACAGGAGACGUCCCUUCAAAGGCUCAGGUGGAUGCCAUUUCCAAGGAGUGGGCGCAGAGAGCAGAGCUGCCACCUCAUGUUGUUACCAUGCUGAACAACUUCCCUAGCCGUCUUCAUCCCAUGUCACAGUUUGGUGCAGCUAUCACUGCGUUGAAUAGUGAAAGUAAAUUCUCCAAGGCAUACCAUGAUGGAGUGCCAAAGUCACAGUACUGGGAGCACAUUUACGAGGACAGCAUGGAUCUCAUUGGCAAGCUGCCAACAAUUGCCGCGACCAUCUAUCGCAACCUUUACCGCGACGGUACCAGCAUCGGCGCCAUCGACACCAAUAAGGAUUGGUCCGCUAACUUCACCUCCAUGCUCGGAUACGAGAAUAAGGAGUUCACUGAGCUGAUGAGACUCUAUCUGACCAUUCACAGCGACCACGAAGGAGGCAAUGUGUCCGCUCACACCUGCCACCUGGUGGGUAGUGCCCUGUCGGAUCCGUAUCUCAGUUUUGCUGCAGGCAUCAAUGGUCUAGCUGGACCACUGCAUGGGCUGGCUAACCAGGAAGUGCUGCUGUGGCUGACGAAAGUCUUCAAGGAUCUUGGCGGCGAGGUGUCAGAUGAGAAGUUGAGAGAGUUCGUAUGGAACACGCUCAAGGGUGGUCAGGUGGUUCCGGGCUACGGACAUGCCGUGCUAAGGAAGACUGACCCACGCUACGCCGUGCAGAGGGAGUUUGCGCUCAAACACCUUCCCUCAGACCCGAUGUUCAAGCUGGUCGCUCAGCUCUAUAAGAUCGUACCAGACGUGCUGCUGGAGCAGGGCAAAGCCAAGAACCCGUGGCCCAACGUGGAUGCACACAGUGGUGUGCUGCUGCAGUACUACGGCAUGAUGGAAAUGAACUACUACACAGUGCUGUUUGGCGUGUCGCGUGCCCUGGGCUGCCUCGCUCAGAUGAUCUGGUCUCGUGCUCUCAGCUAUCCCCUUGAGCGUCCCAAGUCCAUGAGCACAAACGGCCUGCAGAAGCUUGUCGGUGACAAGUAAUUGCGGCAACGAUGUGUUCUGCAUGCUUUUACAGCAUGCGCGUUGGAACCUGCAGGCUUUCCAUUGUAAGACAAGGCGUAUUGUCUGUCCGCUAAUUAUGAUUUGGAUUUGCCUCUGGUUUUCAAUACGUGUUCUAAACGUGGUGGUUAAAUUCUGUUAUUUCUGUCGUCGUUCACGUUUUGAAUGUUAAGAUAAUAUAGUUCAAUCAGGGAUAGCUACCAAUAACGCACCGUCAAAUAUUCUCAGCACAUUCAUUAAAUUAUAAAAAGAAUUUUAGUCAUGAGCGAUAGCGCAGUCUGGUACUAAAUGUGUAAACGUAAGACAUUUGAUGUUACUAAUGUUGUAUUGCUGGCACUACCACGCUUUUAAGUAGUAAUAAUACCUCGCACUGCAGUCACGUAAAAUUUAGCGAGCAGUAUUAACAUACGGCAUAGAUGACAUAGGUCAAUGAUACUAGAUCAAAACUGUGUGGCUUUUUCUGUUGAAGGCUAGUAUGUCUGUUUAGCAAACCACUAUUAUUGCUUGGAUUGUUGGCCGAGUCGGGCACAUCACUACCAAAAUGGCGCCCUAACGAUUAAUUUGUAAAUAGUGCUUCGUUGUUGUACACAUUGACAUUCACAUAGAGGUUGUAUUAGAUGUAGUUCUGCGCAUGCUCGGCCACGCGAAUCAAUACUGUCUACCCCGGUGUAUAUCAAUAAAGUUUGGUUUACCAAAUC